CAUCGCGUUCGCGUGAUGCUCCUCCAUUCCCUCUUUAUCUCCACAUCCUCCACCAUCUCUAAAACCCUAACCCCAUACAAAACACUAACCCUAGCCCUCCUCUUCCCCCGCCGCCUCUCCUCCAUGGCUGCCGCCGCCGGAGAGGACGCCCUCCGCCGCGCCCUCGCCGAGAAGCAGGCCGCGGCCGACGCGCAGGCCGAGGCCGUCCGCGCCAUCAAGGCGCGCGCCGGUGCGUCCGAGGCGGAGGUGGACGCCGCAGUGGAGGCGCUCAAGGCUCUCAGGGUCGAGGCCGGCGCCACAGCGAAGCGCCUCGCCGCUGCCGCCGCCGCCGCCGGGAGCAACGGCGGCGGCGGCGACUGGGCCGGCAGCCGGGAGGCGUUUCGGCAGGCCGUGGUGAACACCCUGGAGAGGAGGCUCUUCUACAUCCCCUCGUUCAAGAUCUACCGCGGCGUUGCUGGGCUCUACGAUUACGGCCCCCCGGGGUGCGCCGUUAAGUCCAACGUCCUCGCCUUUUGGCGACAGCAUUUUGUUUUGGAGGAGAACAUGUUGGAGGUGGAUUGCCCCUGCGUUACACCAGAGGUAGUCCUUAAAGCAUCCGGCCAUGUGGAUAAGUUCACCGACUUAAUGGUUAAGGACGAGAAAACCGGGACGUGCUAUCGAGCUGACCAUUUGCUCAAAGACUUCUGCAAGGAGAAGCUCGAGAAGGACCCCAAACUGUCCCCUGAACAGGCCGCGGAGCUCAAACACGUUCUCGCUGUGCUGGACGAUCUUUCUGCGGACGAAUUAGGGGCGAAGAUUAAGGAAUAUGGAAUCACCGCACCUGAUACUAAGAACCCGCUAUCUGAGCCCUACCCAUUUAAUCUCAUGUUUCAGACUUCUAUUGGUCCUUCUGGACUGAGCCCUGGCUAUAUGAGGCCAGAAACAGCACAAGGCAUUUUUGUUAACUUCAAGGACUUGUACUAUUACAAUGGCAACAAGCUCCCUUUUGCAGCAGCUCAGAUUGGUCAAGCAUUUAGAAAUGAGAUCUCGCCUCGUCAAGGUCUUUUAAGAGUGCGUGAAUUUACACUGGCAGAAAUUGAGCACUUUGUGGAUCCUGAGGAUAAAUCCCACCCGAAAUUUGGGGAUGUUGCUGACUUGGAAUUUUUGAUGUUUCCAAGGGAGCUGCAAUUGGCAGGGGAAUCAGCUAAACCAAUGAUUCUUCGUGAAGCAGUUUCAAAGGGAACUGUGAACAAUGAGACUCUUGGCUACUUCAUAGGGAGGGUAUAUCUAUUCUUAACUCGUUUAGGGAUAGACAAAGACCGCUUGCGGUUCAGGCAGCAUCUGCCAAACGAAAUGGCUCACUAUGCCGCGGAUUGUUGGGAUGCAGAGAUUGAGUGCUCCUAUGGGUGGAUUGAGUGUGUGGGUAUUGCCGAUAGAUCUGCUUAUGAUUUACGCGCUCAUACUGAGAAAAGUGGCGUUCCUCUUGUCGCUUAUGAGAAGUUUGCAGAACCUAAAGAGGUUGAGAAACUUGUUAUAGUGCCAUCGAAGAAAGAACUUGGUCUUGCAUUUAAGGGUAAUCAAAAGAUGGUAGUUGAAGCAUUAGAGGCCAUGAGUGAAAAGGAAGCCUUAGAGAUGAAAUCUGCACUCGAGUCUAAAGGGGAGGUUGACUUCCAUGUAUGUACCCUUGGAAAAGAUGUGGUGAUAAAACAAAAUAUGGUGUCGAUAAGUAUAGAGAAGAAGAAGGAGCAUCAAAGGGUUUUUACUCCGUCUGUAAUCGAGCCAUCUUUUGGAAUAGGGAGGAUAAUUUACUGCCUUUUCGAGCAUUCUUUCUACACGAGGCCGAGCAAGUCAGAGGAUGAACAGUUGAAUGUUUUCCGAUUUCCGCCGCUUGUGGCCCCUAUCAAAUGCACUGUUUUCCCAUUGGUUAAAAGUCAAGAGUUUGAUGAUGUGGCUAAAGUCAUCGCGAAGUCGUUGACGGCAGCUGGGAUCUCUCAUAUUAUUGAUAUUACAGGUACUUCAAUAGGAAAGCGGUAUGCAAGGACCGAUGAGAUUGGCGUUCCGUUUGCAGUCACCGUCGACUCUACCACAAGCGUGACAAUCCGCGAGAGGGACAGCAAGGAGCAGAUCCGUGUCGAGGUCGACAAGGUGGCUUCCGUCAUGAAAGAGGUCGCCGACGGACAAAGCACCUGGGCCGAUGUCACGUCGAGAUUUCCAGCCCACACGCAGCCCGAUAAGGAUUAAAUCCUUUAUCGAAGAGCUAAAAUUGAUAACCGAGCAUUUUCAUUCCUACAAUUGACAGGUAUUCGGCUAUUGACAUUAAGCUGAUUGGUUUCAAUGCAACCAGAAAAAAGCUUUUACUUGUGUAGUUUUUGCUUUUGAAUGCCAAGAAAGGUUUCAGUACAUGAAUAUCGUCCUUACCGUGUUGUUUUGUUGGUGUGUGUUAAACAUUUGUCUUAGUUGAACAAAUUGAAAGUUGGUGAAGAGAGUAAGAGCCUGAAAUAAUUAUUACUUAAAAGUUUGUUCUGA